AGGCACUGUUUAGAUUACAUUUCAAUUAAUAAAGUAAACAUGAAUAUACUGGACUAGGGGGUAAAUUGAUUGUUAAAGAGCUGAUUUUUGCUGGACAACAGCAGUAAUGGGACCGAGAGAUUCCCGGAAUAGAGCUGCUUCAUUAAACAGACAAGACGCUGCUUAAAAGUGCGCUGUCCGUGUCGUUGCUGUGGGCAACAUGUUUUUAAAAAUAACCGAGGAACUGCGGAGCGUCUCUCCCUGGGAAAUGAACAAUGGAUUCACUACUUAGUUACAGAAACACUGUAACGAUAAGUGUUACAAUAACACAAGCAAAUCCGAAAAUGAAAGAAAAAACGCGGUCAAGCGCAACACAAGUAGCAAUCUAUGUGUCGCACAGAAGCGUGUCCCACACAGGCUCUCUGGAGCGCAGCCAGCGCUAGGACCUUACUGCAUGUGCGUCUGUAUGAUACGAAGAGCACGGAGAAGGGCUGGUCCAGGAAGUUUCACUCUGAAACGAAACGAGAGGCUUCUCAUCUUUCAAUACAGAAACAUGGCCAGCACAAACACCGUGGAGGAGGAAACGGCUUUAGUGGUGCAGGAGCUCUUCGACCGGCAAUUAGGGGCCAUCACACCGAUACGCAAGAUUGUGUCCUGUCCUGAUUUCAGACCCAACAAAAAAUCCACUAAAAAAAAGGUAGAUGACGAGUCAUUCGAUGCCACACUGAUUGCUGAGAAGAUUGAAGAACUGAGUGACUUGAUUGACAAGUCGUUCGUUCAGUGCCAUGUGGAUGUGCUAGUGGAAAAAGCCAAGGGCGCUUCUCCAGAGCAGGUAAUAGCAGUGUUCUCACAGACAGUGAAUGGCCUUUGCAAACCCUCGGAGCUGGACAGUAUGAGCACACUGCAGGUCGCCACGGCGAUGGCUUUAUAUGCUUAUAAGAAGAGUCCAGAGCUGUCCCCGUCUCUCCGCCAGGCGAUGACACACUUCCUGAACACAGAUCUGAAGGGCUGGGUUCAAAAGCAGGGUGGCUGGAUGAGCUGGGCUUUGAGAAAUGCUGACUGAUGUGAGGAUGAGUCUACUCCAGGGUCUGUGUUCUGAAUUGUUCCAAUGCUGUGUUAAACAGCAGCUUGAAACCUGGUUCCAGGAGACCUGGUUUGAGGGAACUCUGCCGUACCAAACCCCAAGUCUCCCUGCCUGGUGUGCCAUGCAGGGGCUUGAAACCCAGUCUCCUGAAACCACGCUCCACGCUGCAAAGAGGCUCCGUGUUCGCUCAGGAACACAGGGAGCGGAAUACGAAACUGCAGGAUUGGAACAUUUACAGGGCUAAUGCACAGCCCUACUGUUAAUACUACAGCACUAUCAGUCAUGCGCUUGACAGCUGGUUUAGCUUGUUGCAUAUAACUCUAACAUAUCUGCUGUAAUCGUAAGGAGUUUUAAAGUUAAUGUUGAGAGCUAUGAAAAUGUACUCAUGUUUUGCUUGUUUUCUUUGUGCACAUUUAAACAUUAAAAUAGUUCUAUAACUCUCUAGCAUCCAACCACCCCAGUGUAGUUACUGGGGGUGUACUUAAAGGGUUGUCUGAAGACACUGUGUGAACUGUGAGAAGAGUGAGUUCUGUGCAGACUAGAGUCAGUGCUGAGCUGCGACAGCCUGCGAAUCCUGCAUCUCUUUGAGAGAGGCGCACUAUCGCCACUAAAUCUAUUGGGUCCCCCUUGUGGCAGAAGGCUGUAAUUCAGUUCAGAAUAUACAGUAAAGUACAGGUUUGAAACGAGGGAUAACUGCAGUGUUUAAACAAAACAAAACAAACAAAAAAAUUGUCUACACAAUGUUUAAAUGAUUAAAACAUUUAAAAAAAAAUAAUCAUUUUUCUGCUCUGCUUUUACUUUUACUUCCCCGCGGCUGAAGAAGAGCUUUUUCUCCAAACCUGUCCUGAAAUAAAAGAUUUUAUUUUAUCGUUUAA